UCCUCACUCUCUCUCUCUCUAAAUCUCCCUCCAACCUCGACGAAGACGAACAUCAACAGAUAACACAGGCCUUCCGCUUUCAGAAGAAUGACGGCGGAGAAAUCCUGGUGGUCGGCUUUCCUCUCUAGCUGCCUCUUCGGCUCCCAAGACGAAACCACACACCACGACCAGACAAGCAGCAACAACAAGAGAAAGAAGAAGAAGAAGACGACAAAGAAGAAGUCCACGUCAUCGUCGUCGCCUUCUUCCUCCCCCAGGGCCAGGAAGCAGCAGCAGCACCCGGUGAUGAUGACGAUCACGAAGCAGGGCUCCUUCCACGGCCGGGUCUCCAUCUCCGACCUCAGCAACCCGGACUCCCUCUCCUCCGACCUCUCCGCCUCCCUCGCCGGCUCCAACCUCCACGUCUUCACCCUCGCCGAGCUCAAGGUCAUCACCCAGAGCUUCUCCUCCGGCAACUUCCUCGGCGAGGGCGGCUUCGGCCCCGUCCACAAGGGCUUCAUCGACGACAAGCUCCGCCCCGGCGCCCUGAAAGCCCAGCCCGUCGCCGUCAAGCUCCUCGACCUCGACGGCCUCCAGGGCCACCGCGAGUGGCUCACCGAGGUCAUCUUCCUCGGCCAGCUCCGCCACCCCCACCUCGUCAAGCUCAUCGGCUACUGCUGCGAGGAGGAGCACCGCCUCCUCGUCUACGAGUACAUGCCACGUGGCAGCCUCGAGAACCACCUCUUCCGACGCUAUGCGGCGUCGCUUCAAUGGUCAACGAGGAUGAAGAUCGCUUUGGGAGCGGCGAAAGGCCUCCAGUUCCUCCACGAGUCCGACAAGCCGGUGAUCUACCGCGACUUCAAGGCCUCCAACAUCCUGCUCGACUCCGACUACACCGCCAAGCUCUCCGAUUUCGGGCUGGCGAAAGACGGGCCGGAAGGGUCCGACACCCACAUCUCGACACGUGUCAUGGGGACCCAGGGCUACGCGGCGCCCGAGUACAUCAUGACGGGGCACCUGACGUCGAUGAGCGACGUGUACAGCUUCGGGGUGGUGCUGCUGGAGCUCCUCACGGGGAGGAGGUCCGUGGACAAGGCCCGGCCCCAGAGGGAGCAGAACCUGGUGGAGUGGGCCAGGCCCAUGCUCAACGACCCCAGGCGGCUGGGCCGGAUCAUGGACCCGCGGCUGGAGGGGCAGUACUCCGAGACCGGGGCCAGGAAGGCGGCGGCGCUGGCGUACCAGUGCCUCAGCCACCGGCCCAAGCACAGGCCCAACAUGAGCCUCGUCGUCAAGACGUUGGAGCCGCUCAAGGACUACAACGACUUCGCGAUGGGCACGUUCGUCUACGUGGUCCCCACGGAGGCCAAGAGCGGCGGCGGCGGCGGCGGGGAGAAGGAGAAAAUUAGUGGUGGUAAGAAGGAGUUGGUGGGUGAGGAGGAGAAUAAGGUGACGAAGAAGGAGCAAGGUGGGCAGGAACAGUAUCAUCAUAGGCAUAGGCUCCACCGUGGUGGGGAGGGCGGCGGCCGGAGGCAUCACCGGAGUUCGCCGACGGUUCACUCGGAAGGAGGUGGUGGGUACAAGCAGAGUCCCCGGUCCAACAGACUGAACUCUCCGUUGCAUCCAAACGCCAAAGGAGCGUGAUUUUUUUAUUCUUGCUUUUUUUUUAAAUUAAUUAAUAAUUAGUACAACAAUUUUUUAGUUAUUACAAUAUUGCAAGUGUAUAUUUUCUGGCGCUGUAAAUAGAUACAUGCCAUGCGUAGACACAUGUGGAGUUUUUUUUUCUUCUUAAUUCUUUAUUUUGCCAAUAGAAUCGGUCGAAAAUUGGCUCAACUGUAUAAGGAUUUUGUUUUGUUUUCAUUUUUUC